AUGUCUAUGUUUCAUCGAAAGAGCCACUCUUUAGAAGAGUUCGAUGGUGUUGUUAGUCGUUCCUCCGUAGACGAAACCAGUUAUCAUUACUCAGGAUCAACUUCGUUCAGAAGAAAAAUGAAAUCUGUCCGUGGGAUGCGAUUCCGUCCGGUUUUCCCAGCGAUAAUUGGAGUUAGCUUAGGAUUUGCGUUAUCAAUGUUCUAUAUUCCUGUUGUGGAACAGCAAUGUUUGUACGAUUUAGAAGAGUCACAAGUUUUGAUUUUGGGUCGCCAACAACCUGGUAUGUCUGACACGAGUGAAAAGCGAACUGAAGAAUCAAAGCCGGUUGUUCACAACGCAGUACCGCCGAAAGUCACACACUUUAGUUAUGGGUUACGGCCAUUUUACGUUGCUAGCGAACUCGGCCAUAGAGAUAAAUUACUUGUUGGUAUUCUAACUACUGAGGAAAAUAUUGACUCGCUGGUGCUUGCUGUGAAUAACACAUGGGGGCCUUUACUACCAAAAAUUAUAUUCUUCACUCCGUUCUCGAGAGAUGUUGACUUUUCGGAAAAAUACAACAAAGUGUUGGGUCUACCAAUAGUUCAACUUGCCGACGUGGAAGAUGAGAAUUUUUCCAAAACAAAAUUGUCUUUUAAAAUGUUGAAAUACAUGUACGAUCAUUAUGCUAACAAUUAUGAAUGGUUUAUGCGUGUCGAAGACUCCAUGUAUCUAAAACCAGAGAAACUUCUCGAGUUGCUCAAUAGCGUGAACAGUUCAAAGGAUGUUUAUCUUGGCCGUCCAGGAUCAUACAGGGCGAAGGGAGGAGACAAUGGAGAUGAUAAUUUGUACUCUAAUGAUAAGUAUUGUUAUGGUGGUACAGGAAUUGCUCUUUCAAGAAGUGCUUUGAUGAAACUUUCCCCUCAUUUGGAAAACUGCCUAGAGAACGCAUUGACGGAACAAGAAGACGUAGAGCUCGGCCGAUGCCUUUUGGAGAAUGUCCAAUUGCAGUGCACAUGGAGUUAUGAGGUGGAAAGACGUUGUAGUUAAUUAAUGUUUUCGAUUGUGUCGUGUUUGCCUGAUCGGGGCUAUAAAUUGAUUAUAUUUAAUGGUGAUAAUUGAUUCUUGGGAUUUAAUUAACAUCAACCAUUAUUUCUAUGGUGAUGGGUUAGGGAUCAUUUCACUUCCUGUUACCUAAAAAAAUAGAGGGUACAUCGAUGGAUGACAAACUUUACCUCACUGAGGGCAUUUUUCUUUUUGGAAAAUGUUCAACUUAAUCAAAGUCACUGUUACACUGCUACACUGUUUGGCAACCUAAAAUCGGAAAUUGGUCAUAGAGAUAAAAAUGGAGCGGAAAUUCUUAAAUGGACAGCACUUUUGCAAUAUUACACGACCUACGUUGCCGUCAAAACCGCCAAGGCUAAUGAGAAACAAGGAAGUCAUAGCCAUAUUUUUUAUACAACUGGUUAUUGUAUUGAAACUUAAGGCUAUAAACAUUAGGUUGUAAAAACAUUCUAUCUUGUUGCAUGAUCACAGGACCUGCCAAAUUGGCAACUUUCACUAGGAAUUUAGGCCAUUUUUGGUACUUGAGACAACUUAACCUAACAACCCUGUUGGCAAGCCAAAGUGUUUAUAUGAGAAAAAUUUGUCAUGCUUGAGAGGGUUACUCUUCCUACUUUGACAAGGAAAGACACCUUCACAUGUCACCUUGCCUCCUGAGGCACAUUUUCCAUUUUCAUUCAAACAGUUAGUUGAAUUUUUCAAUGAACUAAGUCAAAAGUUUGCUCCACUAGGGUAAUUUGAAGGAAGGUUUUGAUUCUAUGAAAAUUUUGUUUAAAGAGAUCUACCAAAUUCUUUUGUCAAUGUUGAUUUGGUUUUUUUCAGUGUUUUGAUUAUCAAAAUAAUUCUUUGUUUCUUUGAUUGUAGUCAACCUUCAAAAUCAUCUCAGGGUAGGAAGUUGUUUGGUGGAUAUUUUUUGUCAUUCCGCACUUUAAAAUAUACAAGUUGACACUUGAUCGACAUGCAGAGUAUUCUAAAUGACUGAAGAGGAUCAAUUUUUAAAGCAUUUUAUUUUGCAGGAUGUUUCCUCUGUGGGAAUAUAUCUUUGCCAAUAUAGGACAAUCUGCAAAAUUUGUAGAUUGUACCAAAAACCUACAAGAGUCUCACACUAUGUAGAAGUUUGACUGUGUUUUAUGCUUUUUUUUAGGCAGAAGAUCUCUUUUAUCAUUUCCCCAAAGACACUGGUGAAACCAAGAUCAUAAAUCUCAUCAAAGAAAGGAGAAUGGCUCGUACCAUCUCCCUGCAUCCCGUCAGCAAUCCACUCCUCAUGUAUAAAAUUCAUCGCUACUUCGCUGAGCUAGAGCUGAACAAAACAUUUGUUGAAACAAGAACUCUUCAGAAUGCAAUUAAAGAUAUGCUACCAUAUUUACCAAAAGGUAAGUUAUCAAUAAACAUUUGUGUUCCUGGAAAGCUGAAUGAUUUAAAUACUGUAAUGAAGAUCUUGCUACAAGUUAUUUGCAAAUGAAAGCUUUGGUAGAAAAUGGCCAUAUAUAAUUUUUGUUGCCCAGUUUUACUUUUUUUCAGGUGGGAACUAAGUUUUUCAAGAAUGACUUGUCUGGAUAUAAAAAUAAUUUUUUUUCUUUUUUUUUCCCAUAAAAUUUAAUAUUAUAUUUUUAAGGAAUAACUUUUGCAGAAAGGCACUGUUUUACAAACUUUUGUUUGUAUUAAACAAUUUUUCCAAGGGUAAUUACGUAACCAAUUUCAAAGCCAUGUUAUUUGGAAUUCAAUAAAUGAAGAUAUGAAAAGUUCAAUAUCAUCCUCUUUCAAGUGCAGAUUAAAAGCAGCACCAUCUUACCAACAGUUCUUAGUUCAUUAUCUGUAUGUUUGUAGCAGUAUGUCUUCUGACUUCUAUCUUUCACCCUUUAAAUAUAUCUUGGUUGCAAUAUGUGAGAAAUAUAUCAAGAUGUGUUUGUUAUUAACUUUAUUUGGGUGCAUUACAGUUUGCUAGUAUUGUACAAUCUCUGUAUUUGCUCUCACUUUGACAGUAGCUCUGAAAAACAAUAAUAGUAUUAGGUAAUAGGAGAAGAGUCGUUAACAAUAUUACUUUCCAGCUGUCAAAUGUCUGAGGGACCAGUAUUCUUAAGAAUUUGUAUUCCUGUGAAAAUACAGGUAUAUGGAAAUGGUAUUGAUUUCAUGGAAGGAAGCAAAAAUGUGUUAAAAGUCUUUGACUUUUGCCUUGCAGCUAUUUUCCUGUUGAAUUAUGGGAAAUCUCUUUUUUUUCCACUUGAUUGUGUCAAAAUUUGAACACAAGCCUAGGAACAGAAUUGUUUAGAUCAUAUUGUGCUUGAAAAUCAAGUAUCUUCAUCAGAAGUUUUUCGAUAUCCAGCAAUAUUAUAUCUGUACUUUAAUCUUGAUAUGGAACUUAUCUUUUGGUAUGUGGUGUACAUGUGUUGUAAAAAUAAAUCAAUGAUAUUGGAUGGUUGUCACAAGUCAGGAAAGACAAAUUUCUUCAAGGUUAAGGAAAAGUCAGGCAAAAAGUGAAAUUUCAAGUGAAGUCAAAACUACAUAUUUGCUCCGUUGAGUGAAAAAUUUCAUAAAAGCAAACUUAGAAUGUGGGCCCAAUUUAACUAGAGUUUCGUGAGAUGAAGGAAAUCAUGAUAUUUGUGACGUGAUGAGAUACGUGAUACUCCAAAUUAGGAGACGGGGAGAACCUGCCAAGAUGAAAUUAGGCUAAAAUGCAAAUCAGGUGAAACUGGAUGAAUUUUUUUUGGAUGUUCAGGUGUUCCAGAAAAGAGACCAUCAUGGCCGAUUGGUUUCCGUCAGCCGUUUAAACCUCAGUCACGUUUCGAGGUGUUGCAAUGGGAAUAUUUCACAGAUACGUCAAGUUACGGAUUCACAGAGGUCAAUCCUAAGGUAAAUUUAGUAAACUGUAAGAUCCUUUAUUUUCUUUGUAUUUUCUCUCGAAAGUUCUGAUUGGUUGAUGAGAAAACUUACGCCACGUUUUCACCAAAUCUGAUUGAAAAAGUAAUUUGAACUCGCGCACUUUGGUGCCUCAUGACGCAGGUGUUUCAUUGUGUGUUGUAGAGGUUUCUUCUGAUUGAAAGUUGCUAUGGUUUCGCACGUGAUUAAAAACCGCUCUAAGCCGCUCCCUCUUCUUUCUAAAGGUACCUUUGCAGGGGGAUUACAAGAAAGACGUCGAGGACGUCAAAGAAACGGCCAUCAAAAUGUUGACACGAGAAUACUCUAACGUAAACAAGCAGUUCCUUCUGAUGAAUGGCUACCGACGAGUUGAUCCAAGAAGAGGAGCUGAGUACAUCCUGGAUAUUGGAAUCAAGCCUGGUGCUGCGGAGAACAGGGGAACUGGGAAAGAGGCAGAUAUGACAAUCAGGUGUGGUAAAAUACCCUACGCCAUAAACUCUCUAACAGGGAUCGGGAGCGGAGGGACUUUUUGAUAUCCUAGGGAUUUUAGAUGGGGGAUUUAUAAGUGAGGGGGAGGAUAAUUUGAGAGGAAGGGCUUUUAAAAGAAAUUCAGUUACUCAUGGAUACCAAAUUUUCUCUCAUUUGGUCAUUUUUAGAGGUAUUGUGACCUCAUUAAAUUCAUUGCUUUUUGAACAAUUUUUAUUCAGACGAGUUCAUCUUCUGAGGCCGUACACCAUGGUGGAAAAUAUCCUAAUGCCGACUUCUAUCGAGCAACGUGGAAUCCACCUCGUUCUUCCCGUCCUUCGGAACGACACCAAAAGAUUGGAUGACUUUUUUCAGAUCUAUCAGAAAGUUUGCUUACAGACUGGAGAAAAUGUGGUACUACUCACUGUAUUUGUGAAUGUUAGGGAGGCAGGCCAAGAGAAAAACAAAGGGGACAUAUUUGCUGAUGGAAAAGCGAUUAUUUCACGGUAAGUCGUAAACUACCGUCGUGUAGUCCAUUUAGUCAAUCGCUGAUCCACAAAGAGAGCCUCUUUGACACUUAUUACCAAUAAGUAGUACGCUGAAUUUGCGUGGCUUUAUAAUCUUUGGCUUAUCUAGGAUUCUGUUGCGCUAAAGCGAUUCAGCAAGUAGAGUGUUAGGAUUGCCCCUUCCUCCCCUUGACGGGGUGAUAGUCCAUUAAUGGUUAUCAUAUAUCCCACACCUCUCCACCCUUUAGCAGUUCGUAAAGUUUACCAGAAAGCUCGCCGAACCCAUAUCUCUCCAGGGUGGAAAGAGGCACUUUGAAAUUUAAGUGUCUUGCCCGAGAACACAGCGCAAUGACCCGGCCAGGGGUCGAACCCAGACCCCGCAACCAAGAGUCUAGCGCGCUAACCUACUCGUCUUCUUUAAAUGCAGGUACAAACAGAAAUACACUUGGGCGCAGUUGCCGUGGAUACAGAUUGGAGUCAAGUACAACUCCCUUACGUUGCUCAUGGACAUUGUUACCAUGAAGCUUCCAGCCAAUGCACUGAUCUUUCUCGCAGCUCUUGAAGUCGAGUUCAACGUAAAUUUUCUUAGCAGGUGCAGAGUGAAUGCACUUAGUGGUGAGCAGGUGAGUCAAAUUUCCGUCUCCUAUGAUCUAGGACCAUUACGGACGACAAUGUCUCCCAAAAUACCCAGGAGCAACCUCGACGUUGUUCCGAUAAUUUCCGACCAUCAAACGACCAGGCACGAAAAGGUUCCGAACAUACUAGGUUUUUUCCGACGAUCCACGAAAAUUCAACGUUUAAGUACGAAAUGUAUUCGGGAAUAUCAGGGAACAAGCUCGAUGUACUUCCGAUGCCAAGUAUAACUACCAGCAACGAACAUGUCUCCGAGAACACCAACGAGCAAGCCCGAAGUUUUUCCGAUAAGCUAAAACAACUAAGUUUCAACCUCUCUUCCUUUUUGUUUCUUAGGUAACGAUUCUUUAAAAAUUUACCCGAAGUUUUUUUUUCUAACUCUUUUAAUCUUUAGGUAUUCUUCCCCAUUCCCUUUGCGUAUUAUGAUCCAGCCAUUGUAUUCCGCCAAGCGAAGAUCCCGGAUGUAAUACCCGUUCAUAAGGACACGGGGCACUGGGCACCAGGACCGAGAAAAAUGGCUUGUUUCGAUAACAAAGACUAUAAAGACAUUCGGAUAAAUAGUGACAACUUCCUUAAAGAAGAAAAAUCACAAACAUUGCAAUUGAUGGAGGUAAAUUUCGACUAAUCCAUUUUUUAAGCAUUUCUUUUGCAGUUUUUAUAGUUAUUUAGUCAAACACGUUUUAGAGUUUGGUUAAAUUUUUGUGUUUUUGAACGAGGUCUCUUUAGUUUAAUUUAACCGUCGGUUUUCUUCACUAGGUGUUCGCUGCUAGUUCUUUACACGUGCUCCAAGCAGUCGACAUUGAUUUGAGGAAACGAUAUGAACAAGUAACAUGUGAUCCUCAUCUUGAAGAAGACGAAUACAACACGUGUUUGAAAUUCAAGGCAGAAGGCAUGGCUUCUCGCUCACAACUCGCUCUCCUAAUGUUUGAGAUGGAACAAAAGAGUCAGGGAAAUGGAGCCACAGAGUUUCAUCAGUUACGUUAGUCACACUCGUUAUCAAGUAGCCUCAUACGCCAAUUAGCACUUAAUGACUGGCGAAGCUGAGGGGAACAGUUAGAGUCGGGGGGGGG